UUUCAACCCUCUACGCCACUCCAAAUCAAGCCUAUUUACUACAUUGCCCCUGCAUCACCCUAUUAGUAUCCCUUACGUCUGUCUUCAACUGUUCAUGUUCUUCUCAACCUGAAACAACGUUAAUAAUAAUUCGCAAUCACAAAACCAUGAAGUUUCCCUUACUAUUAUUCCCGACAAUAACCCUCCUCCUCACCAGCCUUAUCAUUUCACCACCAAUCACGCUUGCAAUCAUCGGAGUUGUUGCCUCACUGUUCCUCGUACUCUUGGCUCUAGUGUUUCUACCCUACUUCACAGAACUCAUAUUAUCCGACCACCGUCCGCCGGUGGUCGGACCCAUAACCCACCAACUCAUCCACUUCCAUAAGCUUUACGACUACAUGACGUCACUUGCUAAAACACAUCCUACUUUUCGCUUCAUCACACCUUCACACAGUGAAGUUUAUACUGCUGAUCCUGUUAAUGUUGAGUACAUUCUCAAAACCAAUUUUGCAAAUUACAACAAGGGGGAGUAUAAUAUAGGUAUAAUGAGUGAUCUUUUUGGGGAUGGGAUUUUCACGGUGGAUGGAGAUAAAUGGCGUCAUCAACGGAAGCUUGCGAGUUUCGAGUUCUCGACGAGAAAUUUACGCGAUUUUAGCUCUGUUGUUUUCAGGUCAAAUGGUGCUAAACUUGCUAAAAAGAUUUCAUUACUUGCAGCUGCUGGUGAAACAAUGAAUUUGCAGGAUUUGUUGUUGAAAUCUACUUUAGAUUCGAUAUUUAAAGUGGGAUUCGGGUUUGAUCUGGAUACUCUAUCUGGGUUAGAUGAGGGAAGUAAUCGGUUUAUGAAAGCGUUUGAUGAGUCGAAUAGUUUAACCUUUUGGCGAUUUGUGGAUCUUCUGUGGAAGGUAAAGAGAUAUUUCAGCAUCGGUCCGGAAGCUGAACUUAAAAAGACUAUCAGAAUGGUCGACGAGUUUGUGUACGAAUUGAUACGAAACAAGAGGGAGCAGAUGAAAGACGCAAAUCUUCAUAGAGAUAAAGAAGAUAUAUUAUCAAGAUUUUUGAUUGAAAGUGAAAACGAUCCGGAGAAUAUGACCGAUAAGUAUUUGCGAGACAUAACCCUGAGUUUUGUGAUUGCCGGAAAGGAUACAUCCGCAAACACUCUCGCAUGGUUCUUUUACAUGCUCUGUAAGCAUCCGUUGAUUCAACAAAAGAUAGCAGAUGAAGUGAAAACAGCCACAGAAGCCGACGAUGACACGUCUAUGGAUGAAUUCGGGGUCAAGUUGACCGAAGCUGCACUUGAGAAAAUGCAUUAUCUUCAUGCAGCGUUAUCCGAGACUCUCAGGCUAUACCCGGCUGUUCCAUUGGACGGCAAGAGUGCUGUGAAAGACGACGUUCUUCCAGAUGGGUUAAAGAUCAAGAAAGGAGACGGUGUAGCUUUUAUCCCGUAUCCAAUGGGAAGGAUGACUUACAUUUGGGGAGAUGACGCGGAGGAGUUCAGACCCGAAAGAUGGCUCAACAAUGGUGUUUUUCAACCCGAAAGUCCGUUUAAGUUCACUGCUUUUCAGGGUGGGCCGAGGAUAUGCUUAGGGAAGGAAUUUGCUUAUAGACAGAUGAAGAUAUUGGCGGCCUUUCUUGUUUAUUUCUAUAAGUUCAAACUGGUGGAUGAGAGUGAAGAAGUUACGUAUCGAACUAUGUUCACUCUUCACAUGGAUAAAGGACUGAAUGUGUAUGCUUUUAAGCGUUUCUAGCAGCAACAAUUGAACAAUGUAUUUCUCUGUGAAAUCUAGGAAAUUGUUGGUUUACACUGUACAGCACUGCUUAUAAACUUAAUAUACAUACCGUUAUGUCACACCAAA